AUGGAGCGGUGGACCGGGCGCGUGGCUUUGGUCACCGGCGCCUCGGUGGGCAUCGGCGCGGCCGUGGCGCGGGCGCUGGUACAGCACGGCAUGAAGGUGGUGGGGUGCGCCCGCAGCGUGGACAAGAUCGAGAAAUUGGCAGCUGAAUGCCAGAGUGCCGGCUACCCUGGGACCCUCAUCCCAUACAAGUGUGAUCUCUCCAACGAAGAGGAGAUCCUGUCCAUGUUCUCUGCCAUCAAGACCCUUCACCAGGGAGUUGAUGUGUGCAUCAACAACGCGGGGCUGGCGCGCCCGGAGCCUCUGCUCUCAGGGAAGACAGAGGGCUGGCGGACGAUGAUAGACGUCAACGUGAUGGCUGUCAGCAUCUGCACCCGGGAGGCCUAUCAGUCCAUGAAGGAGAGAAACAUCGAUGACGGUCAUAUUAUUAACAUUAACAGCAUGAAUGGUCACAGCGUUGUGCCACAGUCUGUGGUGCACUUUUACAGUGCCACCAAGUAUGCAGUCACAGCACUCACAGAGGGGCUGAGGCAAGAACUCAGAGAAGCAAAGACUCAUAUACGAGCUACAUGUAUAUCUCCAGGACUGGUAGAAACAGGAUUUGCUUUUAAGCUUCAUGAUAAUGACCCUGAGAGAGCUGCUGCAACCUAUGAGAGCAUUCGGUGUCUCAAAGCUGAAGAUAUGGCUAAUGCUGUCAUAUAUGUCCUCAGUGCCCCACCUCAUGUACAGAUUGGAGAUAUACAGAUGAGGCCCACGGAACAGAUAUCAUAGCAAAUGAAGAAGACCGUGAGCAGCACCGUGUAUCCACUCCACUUGGAACCCUCUGGCAAUGUGGGUUUCAUCAGCUGGCUAGCAACGUUUUAUUCAAGUACCAAGGAUCAUGUUUGAAGAAUUAUUUUUCUCUCCCUCUCUCUCAGCUGGUGCUGGUAUGGAGCCAGUUUUAAAAAAUACAUAUAUAGUAGUGAGUCUCUUUCUCCCCUACUCUUUUGGAAACUGAGUAAGAGUAAAAUGUAUUUGAAAAUAAUGCAGGGAAGUGGUUUGUGGAAGAUUGUCUCCAGACUGGCUUAUUCUUCUUUUUGCUUUCUUUUCAAGGUUGGUUUGAUCUUAUUUGAUGUCUGGACAUAGGUGAAGUGGCACAAGGUGUUUGCCAGCUUCCAUGUGCUUAGGGUUUGAGAUUUCUGGUGGAUGCCAUCCAUUUAUUUUUCACGUUUCUUCUCAUCAUUUUGAUACUUUUUUGGUAACGAUGGAUGUGAUAUUUUCUUCUCUCAUAUCCCACUGCCCUAAAGCCAAUGUACAAACUCACCCUGCCUCCCCAAACUCUCCCUUUGCAUUCAUAUGAAUUGUGCCUGCCAAGUUUGAGGAGGUAUAAACAUGUGUGCUUGCUGUUUCUUUCUUUCUAGGUAAGUAGGUAAAUAGUUUUGGGAAAAGAACCUGUAUUUUUUACAGGUUAGAAUGAUCUUCUAAGUGGCAUAGGUACAGUAAGAGUGAGUUGUUUAGUAUUUUUAAUAAAAAUUAAAUGUGCUGUCUUGUGACCACCUUUAUCCUUGGUAUCAUCACCCAGCACUCUUGUUGGUUUUCUGUAUGUUUGAUAUUUGCAUGCAUUGAUGCUUUUUGGAAGUAUUGAUCGGUCUUUGAAAGAUGUGUGAUGCUGUUUAAGUGCUGAUCACUCUUAAGUUGGAAAUAUUGGAAUUUUGUUUAUAUGCAGAGAUACAAACUCAGAGAGAAAGAGAGAGAGAGAGAGAGAGUGAAAUGAACCAUGCUGAAGCUGUCCAAAAUGAAAAUAUAUUAAUAGGGGCAUUUGCUACAAAGCAGUAGGUGAAAGGUCUGCUUUGGAUCUACUGCUUCUAUGCUGGUGUGGCCCCACUGUUUUGCUCUGGGUUUCCUCUAACUCGAGGGAGGGGGGAGUUAGCCCCCUGGCUGGUGCAUGCACAGCUGGAGAUGACUUGAGUUGUUUUAUUUGCUCUUACAGUGUGGCAGAAACAUAUCUGCAUUGAGCCCAACUUGAUUUGGCGCUGUUAACGUGCAUGUUGCCUUAAGGCUGCAGUCUCUCCUGCUGUACUUUGGAUUUCCUCUAGUACUUCAGCAGGUGAACACCUUGUUGCAGGUGGAGCUGGUAUGAUCAGCUGAUUUGAGUAGAGGACUGAGAGCCAGAGAAACUUGGUUUGGAUUGUUUUGCUUAUGCCAGUGCAGCUCUGUGGGAGUUCAUCUGUGUGACAGCACCACAAGGGAGACCAGGACCAGACCACUAUGUCAUGAAUUCCAACUCCCUGUAUAACCUUGGGCAAGUCGCUUUACCUCUCUGCCUCAGUUGACCCAUCUGUAAAAUGGGGAUAAUAAUACUUAACCUACCUCACAGGGGUGUUGUGAGGACUCGCAAGCUGUUUUGUAAAGCACUUUGAAUAUGAGAGGCGCUGCGUAAGUGCUGAGUGUUGAUAUGAAGUAUUAUUAUUAAUUAAAUCUCACGAUGCAUAGAAUUCCUUGUGCCAAAGGUGAGCAAGCAUGGAAGGCUGUAAGGGGGAAAGUGGUAAAGCAUUCCUUCGUAAUGGUAAAAACAAAGGCCGUGUGGCCCUGUUCUUUUCAUCUUUAUAAAUACGCUCUCAUGGUGCGUUCUGUCCCUCAUCUGUCACCGGUUUCUGCUAGUUAGUACAUGUAACCUUGUGUCUGGAUUUGGCCUUUCAAUUUACUCUGAGUGAAAUUCAUGCCCUGUGGCAAAGUCUUGCACUACUCUGAUGCACUGCCCUCCUCCACGUAGCUGAGGCGGUGGCUCUGUGUAGGUUCUUGCUACAGAGCUGACUUUCACCUGCAGCACCAAGUUAGACUGUGUCCUGCAAGGAGCAGCCAGUCCAGGUCUGCACACAGCCAGCGAUGCUCAGUGCAGUGGAAAAAGCCUGUGCUAGCUGGAAAAGCUCUUCAGCCUCCAUGCUGCUGUGGUGCACAAUCCAGAGGCCUUUUGUUAAGGAAGGUCCAACCCCAAACUGCGAUGUUCAGCUGUACUUAAUAUGAAAACUGUGAGUUUUUUCCAUAGGUUUUCUUUCACAAGAGUUUAAGUCAACAGGUGCAGCGUGCACCGUUUUUUAAAAAGAACUGAACUAGAAGCUGAGGGUCAAAAAAGAAAGAGUUGAGAAAUUAGCAGAAAAAAAAAUAGGCAAGGCUGUGAGAAGCACUGUUGAAAUGGCUGAACUGGUGGCUGCAACUGUGUGUGAAAUUCAGCAGCUGUUGAAAUGAAUGGCUGAGACAGGACCUGGCUUAUCUUUCUGCUCUGCAGAUGUAAGGCCUUGAAAAGGGGCCAGUGUGGAUAGUCACUCCUUGCAGAUGCAACUUGGCUGACCUGCAGCCCUGGAAGUGUUUUUUCUCCAUGAGUGUUUGUAACAUUUGCACAUCUUUAAAACAUCUCGUCCUUGAAAUGGUAUCUAUUAUGUUUUUCCAUUUCGAAUGAGAUUUUGGGGGAUGAUUUUUCCUGCCAGAUGACUUCCUGCCUCUGGCUGCUUUCCCAUGUGAAGUGCAGCCCACAGAGGAGUUUGGCACCGGGAGCUGGGCCUGUCUGCCUCGUGUGACCUGGUGGCACCUCGAGCCUUCUUCCUGGGCUGGGAUGAGGUUGGCAAUGUGACCCUAGGUGUUCAGAAACAGACAGGAGAGUGACCUGUGCAAUUUAUCAGUAGGCUUCUAAUUUGUGAACUAGGAAAUAAAGGAUAAAAAGAGAGGCGCAAUGUAGUUCUUCUGCAUAUCGUAGUUCGUGUUUAAACAUAACAUCCUUUUUACUGUUCACAGCUAAACCUAUCUUUUGUGAAGAGUUCAAACAGAAACAUGUGAAUUUGGUUCCUCACGGGGAAAAAAAAAUGCAAUUGCUUUCUAGAGCAGAAUAGCAUCCAGUUGUCUCAUGGAUGACCUGUGGAGAUUGGACUCGCCCUUCCCUGUUCAAAUGAAGCCGUGCUCCACAGGGAUUUGCUGAAAUCCCCAGGUAGGCUGCUGGGUUUGGCUAAAACUAUGCAAGGGAUGAGCCAGUACUGCUGUGCAGACUUGGAUAUUGAACGCUUUCAAUCUCCCACACUUGUUUGAAGUGGGGUGCAUUAUUGCUGUUGUUAAAUGAAGGAUUUUUACUUUCCGGUCCUCUUUCAGGUUGUCCAAGUGCAGAGGCUCAGGUUUGCUGUCAUUAAAACACAAUGUUUUUGCAAAUAAGUAGUGAAUAGCUGAGUUGGCUGCCUUGCUGGAUUUGAGGCAGGUGUUUUGGAUACCUUGUAAAUAGGUAGAGAGCAUUUGUGGAAUUAAAAGCAUGUUUGUUUUUUCUAA